CUUUAUCUAUCUAUCUAUGUCCUUCUACGUCUCUCUAAUCAUAUCUCUUUCUCGUCCACAGGGAAUGGCGCGUCAGGCCCUCGUGUGGCUGGCCGGCGCUGUCACCUGCCUGGCGCUGGUGGUGACGUCAUCGUUUGCACCCCAGGACAAGAUGGCGGCGUUCCCCCCUUCGCCCCCGCACCCCACGGACACCCCCCACGCCCACAGACAGGGACCCCGGGUUGAUCAGGGUCACUCCGGUAAUGUGUCCUCGGUGCUGGGGGGGCGCGCCUCCCUCAGGUGUCGAGUGCUGAACCGUGGGAACCAUACGGUGUCGUGGAUCAGGCACCGUGACCUUCACCUGCUCACCGUGGACCACUACACCUACACCACCGACCAGCGCUUCCAGGCGCUGCACGAGCCGUCCACGGGCGACUGGGUGCUGCUGGUGGGGUGGGUGCAGCAGCGCGACGCGGGGGUCUACGAGUGUCAGAUCGGGACCACGCCGCCCACCAGCCACUUUGUCACCCUCGGCGUCAUGGAGCCCCGGACUAUCAUCUUGGGCGGCGGGGACCUGCACGUGAACACCGGCUCCACCAUCAACCUGACCUGCCUAGUGCUGCACCACGCCCGCCCGCCCGACGCCAUCACUUGGGUCCAUCAGGGCAAGGAGGUACACUACGCCUCGGCACGCGGCGGGGUCAGCGUGGUGACGGAGGCUGGCGAGGUGUCGCGCUCCGCUCUGUUGGUCCAGCGCGCCACGCUCACGGACGCCGGGAACUACACGUGCCAGCCCAAGGGCGCCGCAUCGGCCACGGCCAGGGUGCACGUCAUUCAUGGGGAGCACCGGGCGGCCAUGCACGGCAACGUCGGCGACGGCGGCUUCCUCGCCAACACGCGCCUCGUCACGUGGGCGGCGCUGUCCUCCCUGUGGUGGGCGUGGGCGGCACAUGAGCCUCUGUGGCGACCUCCCUCUCCGCCUCUCAUCUUGCUGCUUCUCCUGGCGUCCCUCCUGCUGCCCGGCGCCCUGACACCCCACAGCCUCCCCGCAGCGGCACACCUCCCUUCGGCCUGACAGCUGGGGACGUGGGGCGUGUAAGUCCUGACUCCUGAGAGACCGGCGGUAUCGCGUUCGUGCGCAGGGCCUGGACGACAGACUUGGCGCGUGACUCUCGCCUCGCCACGAGAAUGUUCGGUGAAGCAUUAUGUGGUUUCUCUCCCUUCCACCCCACCCACACAUUUUUUUGCUUUCUUAAGCCUGAGAUAUUUCCUAACUUCUCCUCUUUCCUCCUCCUCCUCCUCCUCCUCCUCCUCCUAGCAGGGCCGCGGAUGAAUCUCGUGAGCGGCCUCAGAAUUUAUCGGUCCUUGAAUCGUGGGAUCAAAUGCGAUUAAGCGGAACGAAGAACGUGACAGGGAAAGAUUAAUGCUAAGCAGUUCGUAAAGAAAAGGAUAAAGUACAAUUUAGUGCCGCUCCCUUGACACGCGGGGCGGCGUCCUGACUAGUGGGUCAACACGCGGCUGAGGCCUGGACAGGCAGGACCUUCUCGUCCGUGUUGAGGCUCGAGCGCACGGAGCCUGUCCCCGAGUGUUGCGUCCAAGCACAGAGACGUAUAUUCGUUCCCAGGCAAACCUGACACAAGCAAGUCAACACAACUUCAGCAGCAAUGUACUGCAGUUAUUGACUAGUGUCCUCUUUCAGCCAGUGCAAGAGAGUAGGUCAAUAGCCAUUAAAGACAGAAAGAUGGCAGAUGUAAUCCCGACCUAAGAAAAGGAAUAAAACAACGUACCCAUAAGCAUGGCAUCGUUAGCGGGGAAGACGUUGAUUUUCUGAGUGAAAACAUGAUUUCCGAUAGCCAGCACUAGCUCAGGAUGAAGCACUUCUGUUUAACUAACAUUCUGGAGUUCUUUCAAGGCAUGGGUAUAGACGCUUCCCAACGAACGUUUCUUUAAAAACUACAGAACUGCAUGGUUCAGAGAUCGGUUUGCCGGAAAAUGCAACGAACUGUAUAUACCAAAUGGAGAGGUUUCAAAGUAUGUAGCUCCUUGAUCCUAACAAGAGUACUACAGGGCUCAGUUUUAGGACCCGUUCUCUUCGUGGUAUGCAUCCAUGACAUAAUGACUGUACUAGAAAGUGGAGCCAUACAAAAGGCUCUUAAUGUAAUGAAUGUGGUCCUUCUACCUAGACAAGUGUACACCACGCACCACAGAACCUUGGAUAAUAACCGUACAUAUGACAAGGGAGAGAAGCCACUGCAAGUCUCGGAAGAGUCAGAUAACCACGUCACCGUCAGCCGAGACCAAAAACAUUACGGGCGUCGCAGAUUUGCCUGUAAGAAGUCCAACACGAUAUAACAGAAUCAGACGAUAAACGAAAUAUAUGUUUUACCAAUAACAAGAUAACCAAUGUGGAUAACAAUAUAUAAGCAAAUAAGACUGGGUGAACAAAACGAGGAAAUACAAAAUGGAUGAAUAUAAUAAAAUAAACAAAAGAAAACUUAGAUAAUAUGGAUAACCAAAUACAGAUGCAAAUUAAGAAGCCUUUAACUAUAGACGAAGAAGAAAAAGAGGAGAGAAUGAGAACAGGAAGAUAAAAUAAUUGAAUGAAUGACAAGGGAAUUCAAGAUAAAUAAAUAAAUAAAUAGAGAGAGAGAGAGAGAGAGAGAGAGAGAGAGAGAGA